ACACUGGAACCCACGAACAAAUGGUUGAGUCCUAGGCUGGGCUGGGCCCUGUAAGGAGGGAUUCUUCAUGGAACACACUACAGUACAUGCCUCACAUCUCUAUCUCCACAACAGGCAAAGAGUCUAUCUUCUAGCAGUUUCAUGUGACUUUUUUCUCUAACUGAUCACCAGUCAAUCAGAACAACAUACUUCAAACAUACCCCCUUACUAAAAGAACAUGGCCAAGGGCGGGAAAGGCCCCAAGGGUAAAAAGAUCACCCUCAGUGUGGCCAAGAAUUGUAUCAAGAUCACAUUUGAUGGGAAGAAACGCCUUGACUUGAGCAAGAUGGGAAUUACCACCUUUCCCAAGUGUAUUCUGCGACUCAGUGAUGUAGACGAGCUCAACCUUAGCCGGAAUAUGAUCAGGAAGAUUCCUGACUCAAUCUCCAAGUUCCAGAACCUGCGGUGGCUGGACUUGCACAGCAACUACAUUGACAAGCUCCCUGAGUCCAUCGGCCAGAUGACCUCUCUGCUCUACCUCAAUGUCAGCAACAACAGGCUGACCACCAAUGGGCUGCCUGUGGAGCUCAAUCAGCUCAAGAAUAUCCGCACUGUGAAUUUCGGUCUGAACCAUCUGGACCGCGUGCCCACCACGCUAGGCGCUCUGAAGGAGCUCCACGAGGUGGGGCUCCAUGACAACCUGCUGAGCACCAUCCCCAACAGCAUCUCCAAGCUCCCCAAGCUGAAAAAGCUCAACACAAAGCGAAACCCCUUUCCCAAGCCGGAGGAGCCGGAUACGUUCAUAGAUUCCGUCAAGAGGCUGGACAACCUAUAUCUGGUGGAGGAGAAGGAUCUAUGUGGGCCUUGCCUGAGAAAAUGCCAACAGGCCCAGGACAAGCUGAACAAAAUCAAAAGCAUGGCCACGGCGGCACCGAGAAGGGCCAUCUUUUCCAGUUUGGUCUCACCCAACUCCAUGGCCAAGGAAUCCCAGGAAGAUUGGAGGUGACCUGGGACCCUGACCCUAAGGCAAGAAGGGAAAAGGGAGGGAGGCAAGAUGACAAUGGGCUACAUCCUCACAAAACUGAGGGAUUCUUCCGUUACUGCAAUAACUCCUCCAGUCAAGUCCAUAAAAUACCUUUCCCUACCUCCUUGGCUUGUGAUUUUGUUGACUGAAGGGCUUUUAGUUCUUUGCCAUUCUGUACACUUCUGUCUUCUCUGCAUGCGCACACCCGCACAUACAAGCACAAUGAGUCAGGAAAGGGACAUCUGUCUCACUUCUGCCCCAGAACUCUCCUGCCUACAGCCCCUGGCCUGGGCAGCUGAUACAGCCAGCACACUCUUAGUCUCAUUAUCACACAUUUCUGGACCAACUGCCAGCUCCCCAGUGUGGAGUUUGUUCUAUUGGAAUGCUUUGGGCCAGCCUUCAAAAGUCAGGCAUCUCUAAGCAUGGGUUGGUAGGCGGGCAGAUGGACAUAUAGUCUUGAGAAGGGGACAAAACUGGGCCACAGAGAUGGGCAGAUAUUAUCAUUAAGUAUUGGCAUUAACUUCUUGGGCUCUAA